UUGAAGGCAUUUGCGAGUUUGUACCAACCCGCAGGGGAGAAGAAAAAAGGGAUAUUCGUAUUAAAGGUGGAGGAGGAACGUGCACACCCAGGACAUGAGGACAGAGACAGCCCUUGCAGUGUUGGUGCUGGCACUGUUGUCAUCUUCUGCAGCAAAGCCCAAAAGUCGCUUCACACGAUAUCCAUCAUGGAAUACGAAAAUGUAUCCGUUGUGGAAAGAAGAAGACUCUCGGUAUAAAGACUCUUGGAAAGGUGGCAAGGUGAAGUUUAUUGUGGGCAGUGAUGCGCCAACACUGACUGGGGGCAAGGUGACCUUCACUAUUGAGCUGCAGUUUCCACCCAACCAGAAGACCACGCCCGAGGGAGAGGUGGUGUGGGCUGAAAACUGUACCGUCAACGGAACAACCUACCAUCAGUCUGAGCCAGUGUAUCCUGCACCAGACACGGAGUGGAAUGGCGUCUUUCCUGACGGAGCGCCCUUCCAGAAGGGUGGAGGCAAGCCACCUCCAUAUGUGUUUGUAUGGAAAACAUGGGGUCAGUACUGGCAGGUGUCUGAUGGCUCAUCCUCAUCUCUUACCAUUGGAACUGACAAUGUCGCGGUUGGCUCCUACAUUGUGGACAUUGUCAUCUACCACUACCGUAGCCACGAGAAGUUCAUCCCUCUGGGAUAUGCCUCAACACAGUUCUCCAUCACAGAUCAGAUACCCUUUGCAGUCUCAAUGACUCAAGUGAACGACGUCCACGAGGCCGACCUGAGCUUCAUCCAGAACCGAGCCAUAGCUUUCACCGUCAGCCUCCAUGACCCCAGUGCGUACCUUGCUGAGGCAGACAUCACCUACAACUGGGACUUUGGCGACAGCAGUGGGGCUCUCAUAUCCAGGGAGCUGACCGUCACCCAUACCUACAUAGUGGCAGGUGCCUUCAAACCUCAGGUUGUCGUACAGGCAGUUAUACCGGAUAAAACGUGUACCACGCCAGCUGGCGUCGGCCCCACGGGUAAUGCCGUCACCAAUAGACCUGCAAACCCAGCCCUCAUAAAAGGGGGAGCUCUUGCUGCUGAUGCAGCUGCCGGUACCAUGAUAGUGGCCACGCUGGGGGAUACCGUAAACGUGGGCCCAACACAGCCGGCAGAGACUGAUACAGAGGAGGACAUGACUACGAAGACACCUUCUCCAGUUAACCCUAACAACCCAACUGUCCCUGCUGCCAUCUCCACAGCCGCGUCCCAGGAAGUCGAGCCGGCAGACGAGACCAUUACCGGCCUAGCUCCUGUGGUGAUCGUUGCGAAGCGUGAAGCUGGGGACAAAUCCAAGGAUGACGGUUGUGUGAUCUACCGCUAUGGCUCCUUCUGCACCGGCAUUGACGUUGUCGAGGGCAUUGAGGGUUUGAAGAUCGUACAUGUGGACAAAGCUGUGAUCCGGACCGGCGAAUCGGAGAUUGAACAACACGUAGUGGAUUUAACAGUCACCUGCCAUGGGAGCCUCCCCACAGAAGUGUGCACAGUGGUUUCGGAUGCAGACUGUCUGUUGCCAGUCCACACCACAUGUAACUCAGUGGCACCCUCCUCUGACUGUCAGCUGGUACUGCGUCACCAUUUCAAUGACUCCGGCAUCUUCUGCAUCAAUGUGUCCAUGACCAACGACGUCAGUCUGGCAGUCACCAGUGCGAAAGUUAGCGUGACUGUGGGUACUGGUCUGUCCUCAGUGGGCACUGUAACCAUGGUUAUGGGAAUCCUGAUUGUUUCCAUAAUUGCAGGAACUGUGGCCUACAUAUACAAACGGUUCAAAGCCUACCGUCCCCUGAGAGAGGAGUCUGGCUCCGCCUCCAAGAGCACUGAGAGCAGUUCUGGUUGGAGCUCUGGGCCUCUACUGUUCUGGAAACUUCUGAGUCGCCAGGCCCCUGUAGAAAACAGUCCACUCAUCGACGAUAGGCUUGUGUGAAUAGAUAGCUACAACUAAUUAAAUUGCCAAAUACACAACAGUCAAGAAACAUCUUAUUUGCACAUAGUCAUCUAAAAUGUUUUUAUAUGCCUUUUUUUUUUUACAAAUGUAUUUUUUAACUGCAUGUUCAUAAAUGUGUAGAGUUUGGCUGAUUACCCUCUAAGAACAUGUAAGGUAAGACCAACAGUGCUAUUCAUUUUUUACAAUGAAAGUUUGACCAGUGAACAACAGUGGAAAUGUCAGAUAUUUUAAUGUUCCCCCACAACCGCAUUAGUGUCUUUGUCAAAUUUAAGUUGGUGGAUGUAAAUAAAGACCAAGAACACAUA